UUUUUUCUCUACAGAGUUCUUAAGAGGACGUUCCAAAACAACAGGGUCCAUUUCGUAUACCUUUAUUGACCAGGGUAGAGUUUAAACGUAUUUGAGAAAUGCCGGGAAGAAUCUGGGCAGCUGCGAAAGCAGUUGCCGCGGUGGCAUUCAGCGUUCAUGCUCUCUUUGGUGGAGCGAGUCAAGCUACCCCCGCUCCCAUCAGUCCCCGUUCGUCUCUCACAACCACGACGAGACCCCUUCGCCCUUAUCCCGGUAAUCGAACCAACUAUCCAUCGGGGCUCCCACGCAACGACAGCAGUUCUGCUAACCCAAACUAUGCCGCGGUUGCUCAGGGAAAUGUGACAGUGCUUAUGCCGUAUGACCGUGCCCAUAAUUCAUAUGCACCAGAUUUGAAACUAGCCCAGCAGGCAUGGGGGGAAGCCAAUAAUGUUUCCGUUCAUUGGAAGGAUUUUGGUCCGGAUGUUGACUAUGAUGCGUAUGUGCAGCGUGUUAUCCAGGCUUGUGCGAGUGGGGAGGAUGAUUUUGAUGUAAUUUGGGUUGAAGCAAGUUAUGUGGGAGUGUUGGCGGAUUGUUUGAUUGAUGUGUGGGCAUGGAGUGAUACUCUUGGAUCGGAUCAUAUUGGGGCGGUUGCAAGGGGUGGAGUCAUCAAGGAUCGUCUGGUCGCCCUUCCUGCUGAGCUUUCUUUUGGAAUACUUCUCUACAACAUGGACCUGCUUACUCGCUAUAACUAUUACUCCCCACCUGCUUCUGUCGCAGAAAUGGAGGAAAUGGCCGCACAGAUCCUCAUUGGAGAGAAGGUGAUGGAACAUCAAGCACUGUGCGGUUUGACUGGAGCCAUGUUUGGCGAACCACUGGCGUCUAUGGCUACAGAAUGGUUAGCUGGCAUCGGUGCCGCACUUGUCAACGACACAGGAGAUGUCACUAUCGCGACUACACCUGUUGCUGGCCUUUUCGCAAGUGUUAUCAAUUGGCUCCAAAGCGGUAUCCUUGACCAAGCUGAUGUAGGCACAGCUGAUAUGGACGCAGCCAUUGCGCGGUUUACCAACGGGAAUGCCAUUUUUCUCCGCACCACGACCUCGAUGCUACCUCAAAUUAUGAACACGUUGGAAUCUGCAUGGUUCGGAUGGGGUGUGGCACCUGUGCCUUCUCAGCUUGAGAACGGGUUAGGGGUUGGGACCAUUGACGGAUGGUUUACGGGUGUUUAUCGCCAUUCCAAAAAUCCUGCCGCCGCGCUACGAACCGUCGAAUGGUUAACAAGCGCAGAAUACCAGAAGCAAAAGAUUUUGAAAGUCGGUACAAGGAUGGUGGGGACGUUCCCUCAAUUCCUCCUUGACCGUCAGAUUUGCCAAGCGUAUGGCUCUGUUCGCGAUGUGUCUCUUUGUCUUAUUUAUUCGCAAGUCAACUUGGCCCGUCGUCCGAUUCCCCAAACUGGGGCCAAAUACCCCAACAUCUCUCUUACUUUCCAAAAAUUCCUAUUGAAUCUUUUGGAUGGCAACACAUAUAUCAUCACUGGACUGGAAAACCUCGACAAGUCACUCCGGACACAGCUGGAUCUCCCACCUAGAGAUUACAGCAUUAUACUGGACCCUGGCGUCAUUGGUCGACCAGGCAAAAUCAUUCCUCAAAAGGUUGGAACACAACUUGCGGGGUUAUUCUUGGUCGUCGGUGUAACUGCCUUGGUUGUCUUCCUUUACCGACGGAAGCAGCGGUUGGACCUCCAGUCAGAGUUACGGGCGUCUGCAGCGUCAGUGGUUGAAGCUGCAAGACAGGGUGGUGCCCCUACCGGGGAGUCUCAUGAGAUGGGGCAGGUAAAGGAGGAGAAAACGGCACGUAAAAGUAAGGGCAAGGAGAAAGAAGAAGAUCCAUAUGGAGAGAACACGUCAUUGAUUCAGAAAUCUGAGAAAAUAGAGAUUUGAGCGUUCAUUAGCGACUUACAGUGGAUAUGGGGUUAUUUUGGCAUUAGUUACAUGUAUCUGUCGUCAAAUAUCUACCUCGAUAUUAGUGAGGCCUUGUGUUAAAGAUGAAUCUUCCAUGUCGAGUCC